GCGUCGGGCAAGGUCAGCAGCCAGGAGCAACAGGCGGGGCCCGGCCGCAGCCGCAGCCGCUUGGGGACCAGACUCCGCCGUCUCUCCAAGAUGCCCGAGGGCCCAGGCGCGUCCCGAUCAGCCUCGAGCGCCUCGGACGGGGCGUCGUGGUCGGGGUCCGCGGGGUCCCCGCAGUGCCCCGGCCCUCGGCGCGGCGCCGCGCGCGCCAGCGUCCCGCAGAAGCUGGCCGAAGUGCUGAGCAGCCAGUACGGGCUGAAUGUGUUCGUAGCGGGGCUGCUAUUCCUGCUGGCCUGGGCCGUGCACGCCUCGGGCGUGGGCAAGCGGGACCUGCUGUGCCUCCUCACCGCGCUCAUGCUGCUGCAGCUGCUCUGGAUGCUGUGGUACGUGGGCCGCAGCUACGCCCAACGUCGCCUCAUCCGGCCCAAGGACACCCACGCCGGCGCGCGCUGGCUCCGCGGUAGCAUCACCUUGUUUGCGGCCAUCACCAUCAUCCUGGGAUGCUUCAAAAUUGGAUACUUCAUUGGGUUUGCUGAGUGUCUAUCAGCCACUGAAGGAGUCUUCCCGGUCAUGCAUGCAGUCCACACGGUAUUGCAGGUAUAUUUUCUUUGGGGGCAUGCAAAGGAUGUUAUCCAGUCUUUCAAAACCCUGGAAAGGUUCGGGGUGAUCCACUCGGUGUUCACCAACCUGCUUCUGUGGGCCAACAGCGUGUUGAAUGAGUCCAAGCACCAGCUGAACGAGCACAAGGCGCGGCUGGCCACCCUGGGCUUCGGGAACAUCACGAUAGCCUUGGAUGACCACACGCCGCCCUGCAACUGCACGCCCCCAGGCCUCUGCUCGGCCAUCGCGCACGGGAUCUACUACCUGUACCCGUUCAACAUCGAGUACCAGAUCCUGGCCUCCACCAUGCUGUAUGUGCUAUGGAAGAACAUCGGGCGCAAUGUGGACGGCCCUCGGCACCACAGGAUGCAGCUCAAGUUCAACGGGGUCCUGGCAGGCUCGGCGUUGGGCCUGACGGCACUGGCCGCCACCAUCGCAGUGGUGGUGGUGUACCUGAUCCACAUUGGGCGCUCCAAGUCCAAGAGCGAGUCGGUGCUCACCAUGUUCUACCUGUACGCCAUCACCCUGCUGCUGCUCAUGGGGGCCGCCGGGCUGCUGGGGAUCCGGAUUUACAGGCUGGACGAGAGAGCCUUGGAUGAGUCCAAAAACCCAGCCCGCAAGCUGGAUGCUGACCUCCUGGUGGGCACCGCCUCCGGCUCCUGGCUCAUCUCCUGGGGUUCCAUCCUGGCCACCGUCUGCGCCGAGACCUGCCCGCCCUACACCUGGUACAACCUGCCCUACUCCAUCCUGGUGAUCGUGGAGAAGUACAUACAGAACCUCUUCAUCAUCGAGUCUGUCCACCGCGAGCCGGACGGGCUCUCCGAGGCCAUCCAGACUCUCCGGGUGGUCACCGUGUGCAGUGGAGAUGACACUGCCCUGGUGGCUUCCUACUUUGGGAGGGGAGCGGUGGCAGGGCCCCAGGGUGGGGCUGUGCCACGUGUAGGCAAUGGGAACCUGUGUCUACAACCAGGUGGCAAAGAGGAACGAGAGAGGUGCUGGGAAGGGGUCCCGGGCUCAGCCUGCCACUCCUGGCUCCUGCAGGGUGACACCAAGAGAAGAGUCCUCAGGAACAUCACAGCCUUUUUGUUCCUCUGCAAUAUUUCGCUUUGGAUACCUCCCGCCUUUGGCUGUCGCCCCGAGUAUGACAACGGAUUGGAGGAAAUUGUCUUUGGCUUUGAACCCUGGAUAAUUGUGGUCAACCUAGCCAUGCCCUUUUCUAUUUUCUACCGGAUACAUGCAGCUGCUUCCCUCUUUGAGGUCUAUUGUAAGCUGUAGGCUGUGUCCACAUGACAUGGAGGAGGGGGCGAGGGAACAAGGGAGCCACCUGGGAAUGGCAGGCUGGGCAGAUACUGGCUGACAGAUAUGGGAAGGGCACCCUUUGUCUGCUGAGUUUGCUUCCUGUGGGCUGGAAUUGCCAUCACCCUUGGUGAGGCAAACAACAAAAACCUGUGAGGUGGCCCAAAUCUGUCCUGGAUCACUUAAGUCUAAUCAAAACCAAAUUAUUU